AUAUAUAUAUAUUUUGUUAUUUAAAAAAAAAAAAAAAACCAAUAUUUUGUUAUUUCAAUACGAAACUUGAAACCCUUUGAGACAUUUUUUCUAUAUUUGGUUUGGUUUGCCCUUGACUGUGACCGCAAAGCAAAGCAGACCCAACCAAAACCAUAAAACCCUUUCUCUCACUCUCUCUCUCUCUCUCUCUCUGUCUCACACGCACACAGCUCCUUGUAAUGGCGUCGGCUCAAGGGAAAAAGCGAGUGACCCAAGGCAAGGAAAGCGAACAGUCCCUCAUAUCCAGGGCCAGCCGCAACGUGUCCCAGUCGUCCAUCGUCAUCCACGCCAAGCGCGCCGCCUCCGAAGCCGCCGUCGUGUCCAAGAAGCUCCUCCGUAGCACUGGCAAGGCGGCGUGGAUCGCCGGCACCACCUUCCUGAUCCUGGCUGUGCCACUCAUCAUCGAGAUGGACCGCGACCAACAACUCACCGAAAUCGAGCUCCAAAAUGCCAGCCUCCUCGGCACCACUCCCACUCCCAAGUGAGUGUUACAGAGAGAGAGAGACCCUUUUGUUUCUUUCUUUUUCAAUUAGGGUUUUCGAAAAGUUUCAGACUUUUUUUAGAGAUAGAGACACAGAGAGUUUUUAAUUUGGGUUCUGUUUCCUGAUUAUGUUUCUGUUCUCUCUUUACUAUUAUUAUUAUUAUUGUUGUUGUUAGUGUUUUUAAUCCUGCGGAUUGUGGAGUUUGGUUCGGAUAUUUGUUUUGCAAAUCGAUGCCGAUGAAGUUAUUAGUUGUUAUUUUGGAUAUGUUCUGUUGGGUUUUCUAUGAUAUGCUGCUGUUUGGUGGCUGAGAAAAAAACAGUAAAACAAAAUUUGUUCAAUAAGAAUUAUUAAGGCUAUAAUUUUGCAUUGGCAA